AUGGCCGACUCCCGGGAGAUAGUGGCACUUCGUACGAAUCUCACUUCCAUCACUGACACAGUGACGGUCGGCGGCAAUCUACAAUGGUUUGCAAACGGUCUCGUGGAGAGAGGAUUCAUUCCCAGGAGAGAGGCACAAGAUAUACUCUAUGUACAGGGAGCCACGCCCGCAAGAAUGGUUGGCCAGCUCAUGGACAGCGUGUUUGUUGUAUUGCACUUGACAAAUGAGAAGAGACGCUGGUUUGAUGAGUUCGUCUCAAUUUUUUCUACCGAAAAAGCGUACGCUGAGCUUGUGGCAAAAUUAAAACAUCGCUUCAACGACAAAGGAGCUGACAACAUCCUCCCAACCAGCCAGCGGACUCACUGCCAGCGACCAACUCAAUUUUGCGACCUGCUGGGGUGCUAACUUCUCAGCCUACUGCUUCUCAUCCACUCCCUACAAAACCAUUAUUGCAUUCUUUGGCCAAUCCCUUUAUGCAAUUGUUCGAUCUCACCUCCG